UGUAGGAGGAGGAGCAGGUUGUGUGCUGAGCGGAGAGGAGACGUACAGAGAGAGAGAGCGAGAAAGAGAGAGAGAGAUAGCGAUACAGACAGAGAAGAAUACAGAGACAGAAAGGGAGAUGCAGAAAGAGAGGGAAUGAAAGGCAGAGUUCAGUCUUAAGCUGUGGACAAAUGGACACCAGAUGGAGGGAUGAGGCGCACUUACAGACCAUGGGGGGUGGCUGGGGGUAUGUCCAGAUCCCUCUUGAGGAAAUGAAGAGUUACUACAGACUGUCCCAGCACUGCCAAUGGAUACAGGAUGAGACCAUGCAGAAGGACAGCAGCCCCCUCUGUGCUGCAGACAUCCAGCCUGACCUCAGGAAGCAGUUUGCCUUCCUAUCCGGUGGCAGAGGAAAGACCGGCAGCCCGAUCAUCAUGUUUCCAGAGUUCCCAGCAUUCAAUGAGCUUGAGGAGCAGGAAUUCCACAAUGUGCUUACAUACCUGACCAGUGUCCCCAGCCUGGCGGCGGCCGGCGUGGGCUUCAUCCUGGUCAUAGACCGGCGGCAGGACAAAUGGACAUCAGUGAAGGGGACCCUGCUGCGCAUCGCAGGCUCAUUCCCAGGAAACCUGCAGCUGGUUCUCGUGCUGCGUCCCACGGCCCUGCUGCAGCGCACGCUGUCAGACAUCUUCUUCAAGCUCAACAAAGAUGAGUUCAAAAUGAAGGUGCCGGUGAUCAUGCUCAGCUCGGUGACUGAGCUCCACACCUACAUCGACCCCACUCAACUGACCGUGGAGCUCGGGGGCACCCAGGAGUACUGCCACGAGAAGUGGAUCUCACACCGCACUGCCAUCGAGGGCUUUGCUCUGAUGGUGAAGAAGACAGCCCAGGUCCUGCAGUCCUUCGGGGCUGAGCUGGCAGAGACGGAGCUUCCGAAUGAUGCCCAGGCCACCACCAGCCUCCUGGGGGCUCACACUGAGAAGAAAGACACGAUGAAGGACGACUUGAGGAUAGCCCUGAACCAAGGAGACCGUCUUCUGGACAGCAUCAACGAGCCCCUGGUGAAGGAUCCGGAAUAUUCCAUGAACCAGGAUGAGCUGGAGAACCUGGCCACUGUACAGAGGUUGCUGUCCCAGCUUCUGGAGACGGAGAGUGCGUUUGACGAGUUCUGGGAUCGACACCAGACAAAGCUGGAGCAGUGCCUGCAGCUUCGCUACUUUGAGCAUAACUACCGGGAGGUCAGGGUCCAGCAGGAUCUGUGGGUGGAGCGUCUGUCAGUCUUCUCUGAGGUGGGAAUUGGCCCCGCCCACGUGGAGCACAUGCAGAGAGACCUGAGUGGCCAGGAGGAGAGAAUCUGUGAUGUUCUGGACCGUGCACGUGCACUAGCAGCUGAAGGAUCCUCACUUAUUCAGGGCUCGCACUACGCCCAGGACUCCAUCCAGCCCAAAUGCAGUGAGCUGUGUUCUGUCAGUGAGGGGCUCACUGCCUGCAUACAGGCCAGGAAAGCCCACCUGCUGAAAGCUAUGGAGCUGCACCAAAGCCUGGAGCAGACUGCUAAGUGGUGUGAAGAUGGCAUCUACCUGCUGGCAUCACAGCCAGUGGACAAGUGCCAGACCCAGGACGGUGCUGAGUCCGCCCUCCAGGAAAUUGAGCGUUACCUGGAGACAGGUGGCCAGUACAGCAAAGUCACUGACGUCGACAGCAUCUGUAGGACCUACGAGUCCGUUAUCAAUGAUGAGUUCAGGGAGCGUGUGGAGAGAGUGCUCCAGAAGCACACCUCCAUGCAGGAGAUGUUUGAGAAGAGACGGGUCAGCCUGAAGAAGCUGGCCGCCAAGCAGUCUCGUCCGGUCCAGCCCGUCGCCCCGCGGCCUGAGGCCUACGCCAAGUCCCCCCUGUCGUCUCCAGCCCACCGCGGCAUAGAGAAGGCCUGCUCCGGUGGUGAGGCGGACACUGGAGUGAACUGCAGAAAGCUGCAGAACAGCAACAGUCGUCAGGCGUCUCUCUCCGAGGAAGAGGAGAACCUGGCUGUCUUGCGACGGCAUGUGAUGAAUGAGCUGUUGGAGACAGAGAGGGCUUACGUGGAGGAGCUGCUCUGUGUGCUUCAGGGCUAUGCCGCUGAGAUGGAAAACCCAGCCAUGACGCACCUCAUCCCGAGCGUGCUGCAGAACAAGGAGGACGUCCUGUUCGGAAACAUGGCCGAGAUCUACCAGUUCCACAAGAGGACCUUUCUGAGAGAGCUGGAGGCCUUCACAGACUGCCCUGAGCUCGUAGGCCGCUGCUUCCUGCAGAGGAUGAAUGAUCUACAGAUCUAUGAAAAGUACUGUCAGAACAAACCACGCUCCGAGAGUCUGUGGAGACAGUGCUCUGACUGCGCCUUCUUCCAGGAGUGCCAGAAGAAACUGGAGCAUAAACUGGGCCUGGACUCUUACCUGCUCAAGCCCGUGCAGAGGAUAACCAAGUAUCAGCUCCUGCUGAAGGAGCUGCUGAAGUACAGCAAGGCCUGUGAGGGUGCCGAGGACCUGCAGGAGGCGCUGUCCUCCAUUCUGGGAAUCCUGAAGGCUGUCAACGACUCCAUGCACCUGAUUGCCAUCACCGGCUAUGAUGGUAACCUGGGUGACCUGGGAAGGCUGCUCAUGCAGGGGUCCUUCAGCGUGUGGACGGAGCACAAGAAGGGUCAUGCCAAGGUGAAGGACCUGGCUCGUUUCAAGCCCAUGCAGCGCCACCUCUUCCUGCACCAGAAGGCUCUGCUGUUCUGCAAGCGCAGAGAGGAGAAUGGGGAGGGGUACGAGAAGGCCCCCUCCUACAGCUUCAAACAUUCACUCAACAUGAGUGCUGUGGGCAUCACAGAGAACGCAAAGGGUGACAACAAGAAGUUUGAGAUCUGGUGCAACUCUCGAGAGGAAGUGUAUAUAGUGCAGGCCUCUACAACUGAAAUAAAAACUGCCUGGGUGAAGGAGAUCCGGAAGGUUCUAACAGGGCAGUUGCAGGCUUGCAGGGAAGCCAGCCAGCAGAGGGCGACGGAUCAAGUUUUCCAGUUCCCUCCAGGCAACUCCCCGUCUGGCAGUCUCAGUCCCUUCAAAAGUGGCCAGAAGAGCACGAAGAAGGGCGAAGAGAAGAGGACGGAGCCCAGCAGCCCGGAGCCCGUCUCCAGCCCAAAACACCCAGAAAAGGCCAAAGAUGAAACGGCCACCAGCCCCACCACAGAGAGGGCCAUGGUGGCUAAAAAGCGUUUUACCUUACAGGGGUUCAGCAACCUCAAGGGUCAGAAAGAGCCAGCACUUCCUGAGGUUAAGAGCCUAACAUUACCUGUGGCCCUCCGCUCUCCACCAGGAUCUCCCCCGAGCACUGAUCGCAAAACCAAAAGGCAUGAGGUUAAGAGCGACCCAACUCCAUUCGGUUUUAGAGGUUCCUACAUCUCCUUCACCAGAGUCUCAUGGCUCAAUACGUCUAACCUGCUGCAGACUAAGAGGAGAGGCUGGGGCAAGGCCUCACUCUUCAUGGAUCCCUCUGAGGAGAAUGAUGGGUACUCCAGUGCUGAGGACCCCCUGAACUCUGACCCUGAGGAUGAAGCCGGGAAGAAACUGGCCCCAGGGAAGUACACGGUGGUGGCUGACUACAAGAGAGGGGGAGGCCCACAAGACGUGGCGGUAAACAGCGGGGACACGGUUCAGCUGAUAAAGGAAGGAGAGGAUGGACAGUGGUUUGUCCGAAAUCUCAAGACCAGUAAGGAGGGUUGGGUCCCCGUUGCCAAUCUACUGACUCUCAUUGGGGUGUCAAAGUCCUCAGAGUCCCUCAGCAGCUCAGAGGGCAGCGGCUCAGGAAACCUGAGCACCUCUUCCAGCUGCAGCGAGACUUACGCCAGCUUCUCUGACAUCAAGGCCUGAGGGACCCGUCCCACCUGCAGUGAGACUUACGCCAGCUUCUCUGACAUCAAGGCCUGAGGGACCCGUCCCACCUGCAGUGAGACUUACGCCAGCUUCUCUGACAUCAAGGCCUGAGGGACCCGUCCCACCUGCAGUGAGACUUACGCCAGCUUCUCUGACAUCAAGGCCUGAGGGACCCGUCCCACCUGCAGUGAGACUUACGCCAGCUUCUCUGACAUCAAGACCCGAGGAUCUGUCCAGCUGCGGUCCUUCCUGUCGGAUGCAGUUAUUUCUCCAUCCCACACCGCACCAUCUGAUUUCAGACCUGGAGAGAACGGUCACCUCUCCUGCCUGGGGAUGUUAACAUGUUUAUUUUCAGUGUGGGGGGGGGUGUAUAGCUCUGGCCCCUCCCUGGCACAGGCAUCCCCGGAGACAAAGCGGCAUCUCUCAUCCGCAUGUAGACCAGACUGCAUCAGCUGCAGGUCCUAGCACACCCCCUCGAUGCAUACCCAAAUCCUGGGUAACGCAUCCCGUGUCACCACGUCAGUGCUCUCAAUGUGCAGUCACCUUCCUGGGUAACCCAUACUGUCACCACGUCAGUGCUCUCAAUGCGCAGUCACCUUCCUGGAUAUUUGCUGGAGCCAGCAGUGUUUGUGUAUUCAUGUUCACAAUGCAUCUUGUGGAACCAUCCACCAUUUUUCAUGAGAGAAUUGGAUUUAGAUUUUAUACAUAUAUGGUCAAUGAAUAAGAAAGGAUGUUCACCUUUAUAUAUUUUUAUUACUUUCUGAACCUUUAACCAAUUUGAUCCCAUUGAGAUUAAAAUAUAUUUUCCAAGAGAGAGUUCAAGUGGGGCAGCAUUACAUAUUGUGUCACACGAGAUUAAAACGUAAAAAACAAAAUCAAUCAAAAUAUUCAUUAAACAGUUACUAUUUGUACAGAUUAUACAGUUAUUAUUCAGCAGUGUUGGAUCCCCUCCUUUUAGUAAGGGUAGAACAUAAGCAACCUUCCAUACCGAGGACAUUUUUUUUUAGAAAGGUUCAGCAAUAAAUAUUAAAUACAUUUGAAGAAGCCAGUGAAUCAGAAAAAGAGGCAAAACUGAAAUGAUGUUCAACAUGAACAGUAUUGUCAUAACUUACAGAUUCCACCUCGGGAGGACUGUGAGGUAAACAAGAUCCCAGACCAAUGAAAAUGCUCAUUAACAUUUCAAAUGUAUUCAAUACAGCAAUAGCAUCUUUGACUAUACAGGAAGUUAGGUCACAGGUUAUCACAUGGAGAUAAGGAUUUAAAAGUUCUUCAUUAUUUCCUUGGGUCAUUCAAGUUUUCUGUAGUUACGGAGAGAUGAAACCCAGCAUUGGCUUUUUUUUAUAUGGGUGUGUAUUCUGUAACUUUAUUCUGCAGAGAUACCAUUCACAUUACAAGGAUGCUUUCUUUACAGAAUGUUGAGGUUAUAGGAUUUUCUUUUUCCAAGAGGGCUUUGCUUGUCCUAUGUGUGCACAUGUGCCAAGGGCUCCACCUGCAGGCCACUGGGUGUAAUCACAAGCUGUGACUGAACCUGGAGACAGCAGGGGGCCACAAUAAUGAACCAUUCCUCUUUUCAGCCUUUUAUGGAAAACAACGAAACAUUUUAUAUGAUUCCAAAUUCCUCUCCAAAUAUGACGUGUACAAGAAGAUAAGUAUUGUGAAAUGUUUAGAAGUGUCAGAGUUGCAUCAGGUCCGUCUGUGCCUCUCUUUCUCUCUCAUUGUGAACUUAAAGUUCAGAUGAACAGGUUUUUCUUGUGUAACUCAGAAACUGCGGUAUAAUUUACCUUUUUUUUGCAGAAUAUUUUUUAUAGACCGUCUGACUUAUUACCUCAUUUUUUUGUUUCAGUAUACUGUAUAUGUUUACAGUAUAGCAUAUUGGGCUGUCUUAAAUUCAGCCUAGAAAUCAAAUCAAGUUAUAAAAAACUUGAUUUCUCUGUAUGCAUUGUUUGUUUUUUUUGCAUUUGGACAGAACAUUUAUUUUGUCAUCAUUUGACCAAUUUAUAUUUAAAUGACUGCCCAAUGGUAAAACUGUGGAACAUAAAACUAGAACAUUAAAAUACUUAAAUGACAUGCAUAGGCUUGUCAUAUCCACAUUAUAAUUACAUAUUUCACACCUGUUUAAUGAGUAAAGAUCACAGGUUUCAGUACAGGAAAUCAUGUGAUCUCAACCCGCUUUGAACAGUUAAUAAUUAGAGUUAGUGUGCGCAAUGGUGGGACUCAUUCGGUUCUGUCCCAGCAUGCUGCAUAUCAGGCACCACAGGUUAGCUGCUGUAAUUAGUGAGGCAAACGCCUCCAGGAGCUCCUCAGCUGCAGAGCUGCUUGCAUGGGUAUGACUCAUAAUGCAAGAGGGAGAGGAGGAAACACAUUGAAGUCAUAUUUGUGGAUGUUACCGAGAGAAGUAUGUAUAAAUACAGUGUACAGUGUUUGUUUUAUUCAUCCAAUAAUUUAUGUUUUGCCUGUAUUCUAUGUUCUGCUCACUAUGUUCUGGUCAUAUGAACUGUGAAUGUUAUAAUUAUUAGACUGUCAGCUGAGCCAUCAUCAUCACCAUUACUGGCUAGUCUCAUUGUGUUGUAGGAUAUUGUCUGAUACAUUCAGUAUCUCCUUAUAUCAACACUUGGUUUCGGUCAACAUACUGUAAAAAGAUUCAUUGUUUUUUUCAGUGAGGAAGUAUUAUAUGAAAUACUUUUUCCUUUUGAUUUGCACUCCCAUGUCAAUAUGAUACUGAUGUGACUGUGGCACUUUAUGCAGCACAUUGCCGCACGUUAUAUGGUAACUGAAAUAUGAAUAAUAAACUUCAUAAUUAUAUAUAAA